CCGCCUUCAAACUCUUCGGCCAGACGAUCCACCACCGCCACCACCGCCAGUACUCCGCCUCCGUCUCGAGCUCCGAAGAACCUCGCUCUCGCCUCACCAUUCCGACGCUCGACCCCGCCACCACUUCCCCGAAGGGCACAAGCUCAAGUUUGCACAACAAGGCUUCACCUUCUGAUGUUUGCUCCACCAGGCAAUUAUUAAUUUGUUCUCCCUCCCUUUCUCUCUCUCGCUUGCUCUCUCUCUCUUUCUCUGUCCCCCCUCUCUCUCACUCUCUGAUAUGUUGAUGUGAUGAAUCAGGAAGCAGCAUCUGAGAGGGAAGACCGUACUGAAUCUGAUAAAGAAGGAGAACGAUCGUCCCCUUCGCCAACUGCUACGAGAGGAGAGUAUCAAAAGCCAGCAAGCGAAGCAGGGCAGGGAGAUGGAGAUGGAGAUGGAGAUGGGAAGAGAGUAACACCAAAGGACAAGUCCGGGGUGGACAGGACGGCUAAGUGCCCAAGGUGCGAUAGCGCGGACACCAAGUUCUGCUACUUCAACAAUUACAGCACCACCCAGCCGAGGCACUUCUGCAGGAGGUGCCAGCGGUUCUGGACCAAUGGCGGCAACCAGAGGAACCUGCCCGUCGGCUCCGGCCGCAGAAAAAGAAAGCCAAAGGCGGCGGUGUUCAUCAAGGACCAGGGGGGCCAAGUACUUGAUGGGUUUCUCUGUGGGCAUUCUUUGCCUUCUUCCUCCUCUGCUCCAAGUGGAUCGUGGGGUCAUGGAAUGGAAGAGUUGAAUCUGGAGGAGGUGAACCAGGAGGGCUUCAGCAGCUUGCUGGGGUGGCCUCAUGGUGGCUACCCACCUGCCUACUAUUGCUUUGAUGGCGAAUCAUGCGAUGCUUCGGUUUCUUCCGGUUCCAAAUACGGAAGCUCAUCGAAUGGAUGAAGAGAAUUUAUGAGCCAAAUUUGUGCAGCAGAUCAGUUGCCAGUUGACGUUGGAUGAUCGAUACCUGGAAUCGCUGGUGAGAGACUUUUGAAAUUGUCCAUGAGACUGAGAUUUGAAAACUUGGAAAAUUUGGCUGCCUUCGUGAGAGAGAUCGGAAGGGCGCGUGGGCCGAGUUGGCUCACUUCUUGCUCCGUUUCUCGCUUGUUGCUUCAUCAUCUUCGGCCCUCUCAAGAGCCCAAGCUUGACCACAGAAGACAUGAGUGCUCAUUUUCAAUCUAAUGGGCCGGAUCUGGUUUGAACAUUCUGUCAUUUUCCACUGUAUCGGAUAGGAAUUCGACGGGGCCUCCUGUAUUUGACUGUCAUGAAUUGCAACCCCACAAUUGUUCUA